AUCUAUUUGCGAAUCUUUCCAGAAAAGUGCAAAAAACCGGUUUUGAGGGCUAAUUCUUGUCAAGUUGUUUGGUACUUGAAGAUAACCAAAUAUACCUUCUAUUAGAUUAAAUACUUCCUCUUAACCAUCCUAUUUGAUCAAGACAUUUCAGUCAUCACGACAUCAGGAAAAUAAAGUUGGACCCUUUUGAAAUAUUUGACACCUCAACAAGAACAUCCUGCUUAAACCCAACCGUCACUUUGAUUGCUCAUCAAAGUCAACUAGAAGAUAUCCGACUUUUUGAAACCAUUUUACAAGUUCUUUUAGUCAGAAAAAUAAAGGAUUCCCUAAAUAAACAAAAGGAAAAAUAAACUGAUCGACGUUGGAUAUUGGAGUAAAAAAUCCGUAUUUUUUUAUUCCGUGUAAUUUCAUUUUUAUUGAACAUUUGAGAACCGACAAAUUGUAGUCCGGAAACAGUCGACGAAUCAGACGUCAGAACUACUUGUCAAGUAUCUAAGAUGACUGACCAAUCAGAGUAGAGUAUUUGUUUAAACAAACAGAGAAUCAGAGAAAGAGAGACAGGCACUUGAGUGGAUCUUCAAAUUGAAAACAAACAGAUCAAUAUCACAUUUACUCAACUGUUAAAAAUCUGUCCAAAUUGCUCAAAAACAGCAAAAAAAUUCCAAAACUUUUAAAAAACUACUUGGAAAACGACUUGGAAACUACUGCUUGUUUCAGUUUCCAGCUUGUCAUGGAAUUAUAACUAGUAAAACCUCUUAAAUAUCUAGAUAAAAAGCUCCAAUUCUUAACAUUCUUCAGUUCUUACUAUUUUACAAUUUUAUCAACAGCCAGAAGAGAAAACUGCAGAGAUGACUCCUGCUCCAACAAUCGAAUCGCAACGAAGUCCAAUCUCGACCAAGAGUUCCAGUUUCUCGAUGAGCUCGAUCUUGUCCCAGCCGACUCACAACCCAAAUGUUUUUACCCUUCCUGGUCACGCAGUCAUGAAUGGCACCACCCUCAUAGCCCCUCCCCACAAACUGGACCAACUGACAGCGGGAUCCAUGCACGGAGCCUACGGACCCACCGACUACUUCGGAAGACCUCUGGGUCUCCAUCCGGCAUUCGAGCCAGAACCAAUCCCCCAGGACAACCCAAAAAUCACUUUGGAAGGUGCAGAACUGUGGAAUGAUUUCCACAAGUUGAACACGGAAAUGGUCAUUACAAAGUCAGGACGACGAAUGUUUCCGUCUCUGAAAACGCGCAUCAGUGGUCUGGACAAGCGGGCCAAAUACAUCCUACUCUUAGACGUGAUCCCCUCUGACGACUGUCGCUACAAGUUCCACAACUCCCGCUGGAUGGUAGCUGGCAAGAGCGACCCGGAGAUGCCGAAGAGAAUGUACAUCCACCCGGAUUCCCCCGCCACCGGCGAACAGUGGAUGUCCAAGUCCAUCUCGUUCCACAAACUCAAACUCACAAACAACAUCUCGGACAGAAACGGAUUCACGAUUCUGAACUCCAUGCACAAAUACCAGCCGAGGUUCCAUCUUGUAUGUGCCAGUGACAUCAUGAAACUGCAGUAUGCCACCUUCAGGACUUUCGUCUACCCCGAGACACAAUUCAUAGCAGUCACCGCAUAUCAGAAUGACAAGAUAACUCAGCUCAAAAUCAACCACAACCCAUUUGCGAAAGGCUUCCGAGAAAAUGGUGGAGGAAAGUCAUCCAAAAAAGGUAAAUCGGAAUCACUUGAUGGUGAUGGAAAAAACGACGACAGUGACGAAGAAAUUGACGUGCUGACGUCACCUGUCGACACUUCAUCUCACCCCCUAGACUCCUCAAUCAACUCGCCCAAUACCCUACCUGUGAAGUCCCCCCUAUCAGACUGUGAAAAGAGCCUCAGUCACGAGAAGACCUCGUCCUCAAUCUCUCCUGGAUCGUCCUCGACAACUUCGGAUGUUGUCAAGGAUCCGGAAACGCGACGGUGUGAGAACGUGGAAAUGGAAGCAGUCCAUAAUCACGAGAUGCCGCCGCAGUCCUUAUCUGAUGAGGGAUUAGGGAGAGAGGCGAGUGUUAAGGUUGAUCAAAUGGGUUCUACUAAACACCCAGUCGCAGUGUCUGGCGGCGGGCGGGGAGAUGUGGGCCGGACGGGGGCGCCAGACAACCUGUCUCCGACCAGUGCGACUACAAUAGAGCAAAAUGCUAAAUCAAAGACAACCCCGAACCAGUCGGAAAAUCACCGAAAGAGACCCUCAGACAACAUGUCGCCACCCUCUUCCAAUUCGAAAUGCACCUCAAUUUCACCACCAGUAUCAAAACACAUGAAGUUUCACUCCCCUUCAUACACGCCAGUGCAACAAACCACAAACCGCCAGCCUGAUUUCGGCAUGAGUGCACCGAACGUUACUGUAACGCCUCAGAACUCCCUCUUCCAGGACCAGAGUCCGAUUCGAGGCAUGCCCGGGAACCCGCAUUUCAAUCCUCAGAUCCCAGUCUCACUUAUGAUGCAAAGAGGCUUGAACCAACUGCCAGGAGGUAUCAACCACUCGGAAAUCAGUAGCAUUCUGGCUUCUGCAGCCAGCCGAGCUCAGGGAUUCGAACAGACCAACUUGGCAUCUCAGUUGCAGGGGUUCUUGCAGAGACCUCAGAACCCACCUGGACAUGGGGGCUUGGGAGUCGGAGGGCACCAGUUGCCGCAACUUUCGCCCGCAGCUGCAGCAGCCGCGGCGGCAUUCGGAGCUCCAGGGAACGCCAACAACAAUGUUUUCGAUCCUCAUAACUCGUUUUUGAUGAGAUCGGCUAUGUUGCAGCAGUUGUACCAGCGAGUCGCAUCUACGAAUAGCUUCGUUGAUCCACGAAACCAAGUACCCACUUCGCUGUCACAUUCUCCCAAUGGCAUCCAACAAAUUUCGCCCAAUUCGAUUUUCCAAAAUCCGUAUUUGCCCAGCCAUGUUUCACAGGCGGCUUUGAACAACAAGCUUUCUGAGUUUUCUCCGACUGGAAAAAUUCCAACAUCUUUGAUGGAGAGCGAAUUUCUUUUCAAAAGUUUAGGAAUUCCCCAGAAAACUUCACCGACAGUUGCAAAUGAGUCAGAAAUGGUCCAAAAACUGAAAGAGUUUAGAAGCUGAGUCUUCAGACUUUGUAAAUUUUCAGACACUUUCAACAAUCGGUGCUUAGCAAUUCAACGCAAUUAGAAUAUUUUUUCGACAUUUCACUCAAAACUUCGAAAAUUUACUCAAUCAAACUCGCAAAUACAACGUAUUUAAUGUUUUGACAAUCCUAGAUGUUCGUUUAUAUACUUUGGAGUUAUAUAAUUUGUAGAUAUAUCAUAUAAUAUGGAGUCUAUUUUUGUUCUAUUUAAA